CCACGAGCAACACGGUCCAUGACCACGUAAUCCGCAGUUCCCACCAAGAGGAGCCCAACUGCACAUCCACGUGCCUCCGGCGACUCCAACCCGGCAACUCCGACGCCCGCCAGUAGCCACACCCCUCGCCAAACAGCAGCGCCAUACAGACCGGCCAGCCAACCCAACAACCGACCCACCGGCGCAGCACGCUGCCCGCCAUGCGGCGCUCGGCCACGGAGCCAUGAAGGCGUCGCUGAAGCUCCGGGAUGACGCGGGGCCGCUGCUCCGCGCGAAGCUCUCCGUCGAGCUCUUCUCCGUGCCCGCCGUCGCCUCGCUCACCGCCGGCGACCCGGCCGACCUCCGCCUCUCCCUCGCCACGGCCGUCCCGGCGCUCCCGUCCCUACGCCUCUCCUACGCGCCGAAUCGCCCCGCGGGGUCCUCCCCGCUCUCCGCCUCGCUCGUCCUCGGCUAUGGCCCCGGCGGCUGCCCCUCCGCGCCCGGCGCCUCCGCCAUCACCAUGGUCGUCGAGGUCAGCGCCGCGGGCGCGCUCUCCUUCUCGCUGGCCCUCAAGCCCUCGCUCGGCGACUUCGCCGUGCGCAAGCGGUUCUAUUCGGACGGCGCGGGAGGCGGGAUGACGGCGUCGGAGGUGACGAUGAGGAGCGUCGUGCCUGUGCGCGGCGGCGCGGCGGCGGCGAGGGUCCGGUGGGGCGUGAGGAUACCCGCCGAGAUGACCGCCGGCGUGGAGGCCGGCGCCGCCGUGGUGAUGCUGCGGAGGCUGCCUUUCUUGGUUCUCGGCAAGGUCACGGUGGAGAGGCGGGCGGGGAAGCCGGCGCCGGAGGUUGCGCAGCAAGAGGAGGUGGCGGCGGAGAAGGUGAGGAGAGAGAACGAGAAGCUGAGGAGGGAGGUGGAGGGGCUCCGGGCGACAGCGGGGCAGAUGAGAGAGAAGGAGACAGCGGCGUUGGCCGGUGCUAGCCGGAGGGGUGGCGGAAGGUCGCCGGGGAUGAGUACGAAACUAGACGGCGUUGAUGUAGGGCCGCAAGUGAAUCCUGCCACCUAGAUUGUUGAACCUGAGAUUUAUCCAUUUCUUUCUUUUUUGUUGCUACCAGUGUACUUGUAUCAACGUAAUCAGUCUAUGUGCAUAUUGUACAUAUACUAGAAGCAAUGUACUGUACGUAGCAAAUACAGUAGAAGCAAUGUUUGUAAUAGAAGCAAUGUUUGUACUUGUAUCAGUCUAUGCCGCAAGGCUCUUUAGCUGACACCAA